GUCAAUUUGAGUGACAACUCAUAACAUUCCUGAAAUUUAAUGUUUUAGUUUACGAAAUAGGUAUUUUUAAAACUUUUCUCGAAAUAUAUUAAAGUAUAUUUAUUAAAUCGAAAGCUAUUGUACAGAAAACGCAUUGAAAAAAAAUUUAUAGUGGUAUACAUUUAAUAUUUCAGAUUCAGUUACGGAAUAUAGAUAUACACCACGCAGCAUGUCAAACUCAGGGUUAACAUCAGAAGCCCAGUUAAGAUACAUGAUUCAAUGGUUUGAGGAGUUCAGUGAACUGCAGAGGGAGGAUUUCCUUCCAAUACUAGCUGCAGCACAUGGAGACCAGCCACAGCAGCUUGCGGCUGGCCUAGCCUCCCUCACCUGUGAAGAUAAACCCGUCAGCUUGUUCCAGUGUCGUAUAAAAUUAUUCAAUGAAUGGUAUCCCACAUGGACUGAAGAACAAAGAGACAGACUAUUGAAAGCUGUUAUGGAGAUAGACACAGACUUUGGCAGCAAACUGCAAGACAUCCUCAUCAAUGGAGUUAAAGUCAAUGGCACAGAUGAUUUCUUCAGUACAAAUGAACCAGUUGAGGAGAAAAAAACUGAGGAAAAUACUGAUGACAUUCCAAACAGUCAAUCAGACGAUAACAGCCUUGCAAACCAAGAGAUUGCCGUCGAAAUUGCAGCUGCCUCUUAAAUGAUUAUCAAUUAUUAUGUACUGUCAGCAACAGAGUCUGGACUUGAAUUUGUGUUCAAACCAAAAACAAAUAAAAAAUGGUAAGCUUUCAUGUCAUUAUUAGUCCAACAUUUAUUGGAAAAUAAUAUAUAUUGACUAAUUUUCUCUUUUGUAUAAUAAAUUAUCCUAUGACCGAAUGUCAACUCUGAAGUGAUUCAUGUUGCUGACUGUACUAGUAUCAAGUUUCAUAAUGAGCUGUAUAAAAAUCUUAUAGUAUGCGUUAUGUAAUAUCACAAAAAAAUCCAGUAUUAAAUUUGCUCAUGGUAAUCAAGACAAAUAUGGCUAUAAAACAUUUGAUGGUGCAUUCCACAAUCACGCAUUAGCGAGGCGAAUAUAAAUAGAAAAACAGAUCGCGAUGUAACUCGUAUACAUAUGAUUUGUUGAGUGUUGAAUGGGGAAUGUGAAAAUGCACUUUGACAUUCUGCCUUUUAUAUUCAGUAGUAUUAGUAUUUAGCACAAUAAUAUAAUGUUCCACAUAUACAGUUCCAUAGAUAAUUAACUUGGUACUUUGUACCUUAAAAUAGAUCUUAAUACAUAUUUAUAUAAUAGUAUUUAUUAAGUUAAUUGGAUUUGAAUUUAAAGAGUAAGCAUAAGAUACAGAAUGCAUUCCCAAUUUACGAACAUGUAAUAAUUCAUUAAGUGCAUACAUUUUAAAAGUCUCUUGGCAAUAUAUAAUAAUUUUAAGUUUUAAGGAGAGAAUACUAAUAUUAUAUUACAGACGUUUUUUAUAUAUGAUCUCAGGAAAAACAAGAUUUGGAUGUAUUUUACACUGAGAUCUAACUACUACAUGUAAAUCUAUGAGAUAAUAAAAUUAUGAAUUAUUUAUGAUGUAAUAAACACCUUCAUGUUUAUUUAAAGUUAGAAAAUGUUUACACCAAUACAUUUUCACUUAAAAACAUUCCAAAUAACAUUCCACUGAUUGUAAGAAUCUCAGUUUAUAAUUGAUAUUCUGUUUAGUAUUUUAGCAGCUACAAUUAAUUUAAUGAAAUCAUAGUGUGCACAUACUCUUCAUAUACUGAGAUCGCACAAUGUUUUUUUAUACUUAAGUUUAUAUGAUUGUUAAAGUAUCUAUAUUUAAAUUGUAUGGAAUUAUAAAACUGAUAUUUAGUAAAUACCAAACGUAAAAUAUAUGCAAUUUUUUUAUUUGUAAAUUGUAAUAGUUGGUGCCAUGUAUGUGAAACGUUGCUAACAGUUACGUAUCUUAAUAUGACGGUCACGAUAUUAUAAUAAUCUGCACACAUCGCGGCUCGUGUUAUUGGCCGAAUUUUAAGAUAAUGCUUAUAAAUAGGAAAAUCGUAGGCUAAAUUUAUAUCAUAGAGGCAAAAAAACUGUUAUUAAUCUGGUUUUUUCUUCUAAUAUUUGCUUAGGUCACUGUCAUUUGCUAUAUUGUUUCACUUGAUACAAAAAAUGUCAGUAUUACUUCUGCCUAAAAUUUAUGGUGAAAUUUUAUUUCAUUCUAUCCAAAGAUGUAAAACCAAUCAAGUACAAACAAAAGAUAUUGUGCCAAGUGUAUGUAUUCAUCCUGAUAUAGGUAUGGAAAGUUAACAUGUACGAAAUAUCCUGGUAUUACCUGAAGAGGCGAUUCAGACUAAGGUGCUGGCAACAUGUGAAAGAUUAGAAAGGACUGCAUAAAAUAUAUUAGCAUUUAAUAAAUUUUUUAAUCACUA